CCUGUACCCGCACAUGUUCUCGAGAGCCUACAUCAACUUCAAAAACCAGGAAGACAUAGUCCUCUUCAGGGAUCGCUUCGAUGGCUAUGUUUUUGUCGAUCACAAAGGUCAGGAAUAUGCUGCCAUAGUUGAGUUUGCACCUUUCCAGAAAGCUGCAAAAAAGAAGAGUAAGAAAAAGGACGCCAAAACUGGAACUAUCGAAGAUGAUCCAGAAUACAAGAAGUUUUUGGAAAGUUACAGUGCAGAUGAUGAAAAAUUAACCUCCACUCCUGAAACUUUGUUGGAGGAAAUAGAGGCAAGAAACAAAGAGCUAAUAGCUAAAAAGACUACUCCUUUAUUGAACUUCCUGAAAAAUAAGCAGAGACUGAGAGAAGAAAAAAGAGAGGAGAGAAGGAGGAGAGAAUUGGAAAGAAAAAGACAAAGAGAAGAAGAAAGAAGGAAAUGGAAAGAGGAGGAGAGAAGGAAGAGAAAAGAAGCAGAAAAGCUGAAGAAAGUAGACAGAUGCCCAGAAAAAGAAAGAGACAGAUCAAAAGAAGAACCAAAGAUUAAGCUACUUAAGAAGCCUGAAAAAGAUGAAAAAGACUUGGAGAAAAAAGAAAAAUCCAAGAAACUGGAAAGAGAGACUCUGAGGGAGGAAAAAAAUGCGAGUAGUGCAUCUGCCAAACGAUCUGAUGGGGAGACAAAAGAAGAGAAGGCAAAAAAAUCAGAAGAUGAGUGUGUAAAGGACUACAGGGACCGAGAUAGAGAUUUUGAAAGAGACAGAGAAUAUGAGAGAGCACAGAGGGAGAAACUGAGACGCCAAGAAGAGGAGCGACGGAGGCAGAAAGAGCGCUUUGAGAAAGAGAAGGUUUUUAGAAGAAAAGAGGAAGAGGUGAAAAAGGAGAGAGACUUACUCAGAGAAAAGGGAAAGAAAAGUGAUCUUACAGACUUCAUCAGCAGCACGGACAAAUCUGAGAAAGUAACCAAAGACGAUAAAAAAGAGGAUACAAUUAAGAGGGAUCGUAUCAGAAACAAGGAUCGUCCAGCAAUGCAGCUGUACCAGCCAGGAGCCCGAAGCCGAAGCAGAUUGUGUCAGUAUGAAGACAGUGCUGCAAAGCCCACAGAUCAGGGAGCGGAUAAGAAACAAGACAGUGAGACCAGUAAUGCGAAGGAAGAGGAGUGACUAGCAUGCAAGCCUUAUGUGUUCUGACUGUCUGUGCAGCCAAAGAGCAUGUACUACGCAAUCCAGAAGUGCCUUCGAAGCGAAGAAGGAACAAAGGAAGAAAAGGGGGCAUUGUGCUGUUGGAUGUUUCUGGUUAAAGAACCUCAGUUGUAGAUUCGGAAUU